AUGACUGAGUUAGCAAGUGAUAUGGAGAAAAUAAUAAGACUUUCUGAAUCAACCUACAGCGUGGCGAUUUCUCGUUGUUUGCAAAUAUUUGAAUCUGGUGGUAUCGUUGCGUUACCGACGGAUACAUUAUAUGGCGUGGUUACAACAAUGUCAACUGCUAAUAAACUGUAUAAAUUGAAGCGUCGUAGUCAUUUAAAACCUCUUGGUUUAUUUGUUAGCAAUGUUCAGGAAAUUCAAAGGUGGUGUCGUCAAACGAUUGAAAAUAGCCAACUGAAGGCAUUAUUACCGGGACCAGUAACGUUAAUUUUUGAACGUUCUACUUCCCUUCCAAGCACUUUCAAUCCAAAACAUAGAACAGUUGGUAUUCGAAUUCCUGAUCACGAUUUUGUUCGUUCAUUGAUGACUUCCUUAGAUGAUGUUCCGCUUGCACAAACCAGUGCCAAUAUUUCCAAUGAUCAAAAUAAUCCAGCAUGCAUUGAAGAUUUCAAAAACUUGUGGCCAAAAUUGGAUCUGAUAAUAGAUGGUGGCGUAGUAUUGAGUCCAGAUGGUAAAGUGAAUCACGAAGGUAGUACGGUGGUAAAUCUGAGCAUCCCCGGCAUGUAUAGCAUAAUGCGAGACGGAUGAACGGCAACGGAGCAAAAAAAUUAUAAACAAAUUUUUAGCGCAAGGAUAGCAACGGAGCAAAAGUUACGGAAUUGGGGACUGAUUAGUUCAUCAGAUGGUGAUUAUGUGCAGUAA